AUGAUUCUCAGCACAGAAUCUAAUCAAGCACAAGGACCUGUUUGUGGCAGCGGAGUUCGGCAAUAUUUCAGUUUUCAGCAGCUCCUGAAAGCCAGCUCACUUCGAAACAAAAACGCUCGCUCUCUCAUACACGUUGCCAUAUCGUCCUCCCAGGCCGAGGGGGUGGAAUUUAAUCGACUGCUGACUACGAGCAUCCUGGCCGCCACCUCCAGUGCUCCGGUGCCAACAACAGUAACAGCAGCGACCGUCAGAACCUGUCCUCUGAGCAGUCGAACCUCCGACACCACUUUGCCCCUAGGGGAUAUUUUGCUACUUAUUCUUCAUGAGAAAAUAUGUUCGUGGGAGCCGAAAUGUAUUGCAAACGGGCGGAUAGUGGGUAUGCGAACGACAGCCCGUAUGGGAAUAAUGAAGGGGUUUAUGCUUACAAGGGAAGUAGUGAUCCGUAUGGAACUCUCGGGGAACGGCUCCAAAGUCUUCAACUUGGUCUGGGUUUGA